UAUAAUCAGUAAUUGAUUUUCCCACCAUACUAAAAUACACAUUAUGAAAAAACAAUUUAAAAAAGAAGUAAAAAGGUACCUCAGGGAGGCACCAUUACUGGUUAUCGAGCAGAAACACUCGUGAUUUAAGUCUAACAGUAAUAGGUAAAACAAAUAUUGAAUAUUAAAAGGACAAAGUAAGUCGAGGCGACCUGGAUACCUAGAAGAUGCCCUAUCUAAAGAGAAACGAAUACCCACUCCGAGUACCAUCAUGUGUAACAGAAAUAAAAAUCGUAUUCAAAAUGCAACAAAUAUAGUUUUCAUUUGACUGUCCUGUUUACUUGUCUGUGCACGUUGACUUAGCAAAUAUUUUUUGUUGCUUUGUCGUAAUCAGUUAAAGAUUCGAAAACAAAUAGUAGUAAAUGAAGAUGAUACUGAAGUUUUGGCUUCUAUUUGGAGGAGCAAUAGUAAUACAGAGUCUGGGAGCCAUAGGAGAUUUUCCCUGCAAUGGUGGCAUUUGUAAAGAAUUCACCUUGACUGCGGAGCAAAUGCGGGAUAUUGAAAACAAUCCUGAAAUCCUUAAAUUCAUCAGAGAACAGGUAGAAAGACAACUAGUAAAUAGUAAUUCUGACGGCAAAGUCCUGAACCCGAAUAUAAAAAUAGAAACAUCUGUAUUUGGACCAAUGCGACCCAAUGAUCAUCCGGUUGAAAGUACAACUUACAAAUUUACGACUCAUGCGCCUACUGUCACAAACUCAGAAGCGAAAGUGGAUACGACAACCACGAAGCAAACAUCUUCAACUCCAAACGUCCCUGCCACAACGAAGGAAUCUUCUAAUCCGAUUACAGCAAAAAAUUGCACCGAUGGCUGCAUGAUCUUGAACGAAGCAGGGUACCACAACGGCGUAAAAUUCCCAACAAUUGAUGGAACGUUUUUAAUCAACAUUCCAAGUAUUGAUGAAACUCAUAAUUCAAAAAUUGUUUCUGUCUUCUGCGAUUGCCACGAAAUUGAUCAAUACAGUUUUACAGUUAUCCAGCGGCGCAUAGACAACACAAGCAAUUUUAAUCGAACAUAUGCCGAGUACGAAAAUGGAUUCGGCGACGUUGAACGUAAUUUCUGGUUAGGUCUGAAAAACAUUCACGUUCUCUCGAAAACAAACACGCUUCUGGUAAUUAAGCUUCGAGAUAAUUCCGGGAAUAUAGAAGAAGCAUGGUUUACCGGUUUUAGUGUCGGUAGCAUCACAGACAAUUAUCCUCUGACAUAUCACGCGACCAACAUACCUUGGAUGAAAAAUGGCUCGAUAUUCUCUGCGUUUGAUCGUGACAACUUCCGAGACCCCGACAGCAGUCUUUCAAGGAUUUACAAUUCUGGCUGGUGGUUUGGUGACACAAUGAAAUCAAAUCUAAACGGAAAUUAUGACGGACGAGGAAGAGGAGGGAUAUUUGCAAAUCAGUCAGACGAUGUUUACUACACAAUGGUAGAAAUGAAAAUACGACCCGAAGAAUCUUGUUACGAUGUAUCUCACUACAACAUCACCAACUGUCCACCACAAUGCACCAAAGCAAAUCAAUCUGUUCAUUAUCACCAGCGAUGGUGUUUGAUAUCUUCAUGUGGAUGCAGAAAUAAUCGGCUCCUCGUUCAGUCGAAACGUCGGCCUACAUGCCUUUCCUACAAGAAGUGUUUUCGUCCCCUUGCGGCCAAUUGUAUCGAUGCUUGCGGUUGGUCUGUGCCUUACAUGUCCGAUGGCUUUCCACAAGAUGGAAUUAUUGCCAAAAUCCUCAUUGAAGGCGAGUACCAAAAACUUCACUGUGACUGUACGCAGGCAUCGCCUAAUUUACAGAGUACAUACGGUUGGGUGAUAAUACAACGUAGAGUCAAUGACAGUGACGACUUCAAUAAAACCUUCAGAGAAUAUGAGCGUGGGUUCACAUCUGGUGUAAACUCAAUGAGUUAUUGGCUUGGCCUCAAAAAGAUUCACCAAUUAACCAACUAUUUACCUCAUGGUUCACCUGCUAAACUGCAAAUUGAAUUCAAGAGAAGUUCUACAGAUGUUCAUCAUCGGUACAUCCGGUUCAAUUAUGUGAGAGUAUACAAUGCAACCAAUGAAUACCGCCUUGUUGUCGGACAAAAAGAUGAAAACUCUUCUAUGAGAAACUACUUAACAUCUCAGACAAAUAGGAACCCAGUGUUUAAAAUCAAUUCUAACAAAAACUAUUCAUCUGGUUGGUGGUUUGUUCCUACUGACAGUACUGAUUCAAGUUCAUUGUCAAACUUGAACGGUGUUUACGACGACCAAGGACCGCAUGGUAUCUCCUGGGGAAAUGAAACUGACUUAAGUGUGGUUGAAAUGAAGUUAUUUCCGGCGUCUGUGGAGGUUAAAACCUGCAAAGAAGCAUGUACUGGUUACAAUAGCGGCAUUGACAUAUUGGCACAUCUUCAGCCAGACGAGAAUAGUCCGGGCUUUGGAGUGAUUUGCAGUUGUUACAAUGUUGUUGACUGCACUGAUAACUGGAUAGUAUUCCAACGACGUGUAGCAGCGGACACCGGAGCCAACUUCAGUCGGCCCUUAUCUGAUUAUAAAACAGGAUUCGGUGACUUGAAAAACGGAAGCUUUUGGCUUGGUUUACAAAAAAUGAAGAGAUUAAUCCAUACAUCUCAGGGAGACGGCAAACUGUUGAUAAAAAUGACGACAAAAUACGGGAAACAAUACAUUCUGGUUUAUAAAAAAUUCUUUAUAAAAGCUCAAUCGAGCACAGAUGAUGAAAACGCCAUUGAAAUUGGAGAAUACGACAACCUCAAUAGCAAUUUUACAGGUAAAAAAGAUGUCAUGCAGUCCAAGCAGUUCACCAAUUCCACAGGAUCUAGAAAUUGCAGCAGUGGAUGGUCGUUUUGGUGGUGGUUAAAUAAAGCUGAUGAUUGCAGUUUGAAUGGGCCUUAUCACAAAGGCCACGGAGUUACCUGGUUUGGUGAAUCAAGCAAAUUUGCCAACUAUACCAGAAUCGAAAUGCAAAUAUGUCGAGCUGGUUUCGAAUGUCCUUUUAUCAAUCCAGAUCCCUAAUUUCCACAUAAAUAAAUUCGGUUGAUUGAAACCAUUUUUAUUUAAUUUUGGCAUGUUUAAAAAGUGCGGUCUCAAACCAAAAGAAUUUUUGCAAAAAAAUAUGCAAAUAUUAUUCUGUAAAGCUCUCCUUAACAGUCCCAAUUUUAUCGAUUGUUGUAUUCAACGAUUUUGAACAUCCGAGAUAGUAUCGAACGUAAAACAAAACAAAUAUUUAACGUUUAGUGAAAAAAAAAUCAGUUUACAGUCUUUUUCAAUCAUUCGAACUGAAACUACUGUCAAAAGAAAGCUAUAUGAAUGAAAAUAUAAGAUUUGAGUUUUUAUGAUAAAGUGCUGCACAUGUAGUGCAUUGCAUUGAGUGAAUAUAAUCGUUUUUUUGUCCCUACGUCUAUUUGGGGAAUAUUUAUCUCAUUCAAGCUUAUUUUAUUUUUAUAUAUAUAGUUGAGAUGUCAAACCAAAGACUCUCUGGUCACAAAGUGUCCCGUCAUGCUUUUCAUUCAGUGACUCGUCAAGUCACGCGUUAUUGCAAACAAACGCAUCGGCACUUCGCAUUACGGUGAUAAACUCUCUCAUAUUGAAAUUCAAAUGUGCUCUAAAUAUUUUUCAAAAAUCAUGUAACGCUGUUGAAGCUUUUUAAUUUUUCCUAUCCACGCGCUGACAGCA